UGCUGCACUUAUAUUCCAGCAUUAGAAAAAUUUUAGCAAUACAAAAUUCCCGCAACAUAAAAUUCUGCAUUCUUCCUCUUCCUUUCUACACAAAGCAGUAGAGAGAUUAACAGUUCUUAGGAGCUUUUAUUUGAGUGCACAUUAAAAGUUCCUGUGUGGUUUGUUGUAUCUUGGGAGUAGGACGUCAUUCGGCUAUUGCACCUCGGUAGCGGCGGAUAGCUACUCUGAAGAGAGCGCCAACCAUAACGUUCCUCGAACCGGUUUUUCACUUCCAACAUUUAUAUCUUCUUUUAUUGUUAAUUUUUGUAUCUUGUGUGUCAUUAUUUGUUCUUCUUUUAGUACUUCCAUCUUUUUGUAGAGUACAAUUUUUUUGGAACACUUGGUUAUGACGUUUAAUUUGUAUUUGCUCCUUGAGCGUUACUAAUGUUAAUGGCUUAUGGGGGAAUUAUGUUCUGCAUAUUGAACUUAUUGAGUUCUUGUUAUUGGAUUGGAAGGGUAAAAGUGUGGCAACUAGAUUGAAAUUAUUGGGUACUAUUUGUUAUUGGGUGUAGUAAUUAGAUUGAUAUCAUUGGAUCUUUCUCAUUUGAGGCUUUCAAUUUGUUCAUGGCAUGCAGUAUAUAAAAAAUGGCAGAUGGUGAGGAUAUUCAGCCACUCGUCUGUGAUAAUGGGACUGGAAUGGUCAAGGCUGGAUUUGCUGGAGAUGAUGCUCCAAGAGCAGUAUUUCCGAGCAUUGUUGGUCGCCCACGUCACACGGGUGUGAUGGUUGGCAUGGGGCAAAAAGAUGCAUAUGUUGGUGAUGAAGCUCAAUCCAAACGUGGUAUUCUAACUUUGAAAUAUCCAAUUGAACAUGGUAUUGUGAGCAACUGGGAUGACAUGGAGAAAAUAUGGCAUCACACAUUUUACAACGAACUUCGUGUUGCCCCAGAGGAACAUCCUGUUCUGCUCACUGAAGCACCUCUCAACCCGAAGGCUAAUCGCGAAAAGAUGACUCAAAUCAUGUUCGAGACAUUUAACACUCCCGCUAUGUAUGUUGCCAUUCAAGCCGUUCUAUCCCUUUAUGCCAGUGGUCGUACAACAGGUAUUGUCCUGGACUCUGGUGAUGGUGUCAGCCACACUGUCCCAAUCUACGAGGGAUACGCUCUACCACAUGCUAUCCUCCGUCUCGAUUUAGCCGGUCGUGACCUUACCGAUCACCUAAUGAAAAUCUUAACUGAGCGCGGUUACUCAUUCACCACUACUGCUGAACGAGAAAUCGUGAGGGACGUAAAGGAAAAACUCUCCUACAUUGCCCUCGACUAUGAACAAGAGAUGGACACGUCGAAAACUAGCUCCUCUGUUGAGAAGAGCUAUGAGUUGCCCGAUGGUCAAGUCAUCACGAUAGGUGCUGAGCGUUUCAGAUGCCCAGAAGUACUUUUCCAGCCUUCAAUGAUUGGAAUGGAAGCUGCGGGUAUUCAUGAAACGACGUAUAACUCAAUCAUGAAGUGUGACGUGGAUAUUAGGAAGGAUCUAUAUGGUAACAUCGUACUUAGUGGCGGUUCGACUAUGUUUCCUGGGAUUGCUGAUAGGAUGAGUAAGGAAAUCACAGCAUUGGCUCCAAGCAGCAUGAAAAUUAAGGUGGUAGCUCCACCUGAGAGGAAGUAUAGUGUUUGGAUUGGAGGUUCCAUUUUGGCUUCUUUAAGUACCUUCCAACAGAUGUGGAUUGCAAAGGCAGAAUACGAUGAAUCUGGUCCAUCCAUUGUGCACAGAAAAUGCUUCUAAUUCUUUUUAGACGUGUAAUAUUCUUUUGUCUCUGUAACAAUGGCAAAUAAAUUUUCCACAAUUGACAGUUCCAUGUAGAUUUUGUUGGUUGUGAACUUUGACCUUAUAUGGUAAAUCUAAUUGUUUUUCAUUAUGUCCA